UAGAGACUGUUAAAGACUCUCUAGAAAGAUCCAGAAAGACUCAUUUCUAAAAAUUUAAAGAUCCCUUACACAAUCGAUCGCCCACACAACUUUUGGCAUAGGGAAGGGAAGUCUCAUUCCAGUUUUAGUAUAGUUUGUACAGUAUAGAAGCUCUCGGAAAGAUCACACUUUUUUUUGUACCGGCAUGUGUUUUUUUUAAUUGUCUGUGAAAACAUUUUAUUUAUCAGAUUUCUAUCAUAAUAGAACAGCAUUGAACGAUAUUUUUAAAGAAGCGUAGAAGCGUUUGACGACAUGCAAUUUCUGCAAAUGUCAAUUUACGUUGUAGCUUACUUGUGUGUAUUUUUCUUGAAUGUUUAUUGUGAGAAGGAUGAUGUCAUACCAUCCACUCCCGAGCUCACAGAAAUACAAUCAUUCUUCUACAUGUUUGCAAAAGAAGACUUAACUAGUCCAGUGGCCGAGAAGAAUGAAUCUCUUACUAUAUCACAAUCAUGUAGUGAUUUAUACAAUUAUAAAGAACUAGAUAAACAAAAUACUCAGGAAGCAAUUUUCUAUAAACGUUUGAUUGCCAUAUUAUUAUCAAAGCUUAAGAUGCAAAGAAUUGAUGAUAGAUUAGUUGGAGCGCUUACUAUAGAAGUAUUUUCUUCGGAACUUGAAUACUUGCAGAAAUUUGUGAAUGGUCAAGGUUCUAUCAGAGAAGUUGACAGAAUUCUUAUCAAUGCAAUAACAGGAUCUGAAUACUCAGCAUGCGAUUAUAUGGCUGAAGCAUUUUAUUAUUUCAAUUUACUUUUGAGUAAAACAUCAGAGAAUCUUUUGUAUUUUGAGUUUAUAUAUCUAAUAAUGUGGAUCUGAUAACAUGUUAAAUUGUUUCAGUGGGACAUAAUUAUAAUCUUCUUUACAGUCAUAGCUAGUUUUAUGAUUUUGAGGAGACAAAAAUUGUCUCGAGGUUUGAUCAUCUUUCUCAUCAUUGAUGUUAUAUUUGUAAUUAGUUUUGUCAUAAAUUGGUGGCGACUUAUACAGGAAGCAGAAAUUAAAUUAAUGGCAGCACAAGCAAAAUAUAGAGAAAUGCCAAUUGCUUGCCAGCCGCAUAAAAUGAAUUUCUUGGACAGGAUGACUGAGUGGCUUCUUCCUACAAACAAUUGUGAAAAAUACUAUGAAACGAUUAUGACGAAUCCUAGACUGCAAGUAACACCAGCACUUGUAUUGACUCAUUUGUUCACUACGGUUAUUUUUCAACCUUUAACGUACUUUGGACUUAUUAUAUCUGAAUUUAUAGAUAAUGCUACCAGUAAAUUAAACUUUUUGUACAAGUUUCUCAUCACAAUUGCCCUUUUCUUGAGCAUCUGCAUAUGUAUAAUAUUGAUACCGUUUUCCUGGAUUGGCGGAUCUAUUAAUUUCGGUUUUGGACCAUUCUUCAGAUUUGGAAUGAAAGGUAGACAAAAUUCCAAUCAAAAUCAAGGAGACCGCAUUGAGCGGAUUUACGAGGAAGUUUCACCAAAAAGGAGAUUGAAAGAUUCAGGAAAAAUGAAACAAAAUAUGUUGAGACAAAAUAAUGAUCUUGCUGGAGGCGAUGCCGACAUGCAUCAUUUAGUAAGAUAUAAAAAAUGUCAGUGUGAAAGAAAAACAAAUGGAGAUAUAGAAUGUACCAAGAAAGAAGAGAAACUAUUACCUUAAUAAGAGUAUUCUUGCACUGUUGUGUAUACAGUAUUUCUCUUAUGAUUUAUUAUGUUAUUAAUUCUUCCUCUACUAGAUAUUUGGUGUCUCAUACUAACGAGGGUACUAGAAUGCGUUCGUUUUUUUCAUUUAUUCAAAAAAUUUCUAAAAAUUCGCCAACAUACUUUUAAUUUUCUAGAAUAAAUAUUGGCAUUUCAUUUUGAAAAAUAUUAAAAAAUAGUAUAAUUUAUAAUUACUGAAAGACUCAAAGAAACUUGCACGAAUAGGAAUCACUUGAUGAUUAGGGACUCUCUUUAGUAGAGUAAGGGUUAAUCCUUUAUUUUUUAAAUUAAUAAUUAAUUUUUAUACUAAUAGUUUAUAAGCAUAUUGCGCUAUAUUUAAAAUGAUAAGCUUAUUUAUCUUGUAAUAAUGGCCAUAAGUUAUUAAAAUAAGUAUAUUUUAUUUUAGUAUAUCGAAAGUAUUAAAGUUUAUAUUAUUGUAUUAUAAAA